GCCGGCCCGGCGGCGCGCGGGCAGCGGUGGCGGCGGCGGCGGCCGCGGUGGGGGCCCAAGAUGGCGGAGCUGCAGCUGGACCCGGCCAUGGCGGGGCUGGGCGGGGGCGGCGGCAGCGGGCUGGGUGACGCGGGCCCGGGCCGCGGCCCCCCGAGCCCGCGCCCCGCUGGCCCCACGCCCCGCGGCCACGCUCGCCCGGCGGCCGCCGCGCAGCCGCUGGAGCCGGGGCCGGGGCCGCCCGAGCGCGCGGGGGGCGGCGCGGCGCGCUGGGUCCGGCUCAACGUGGGCGGCACCUACUUCGUGACCACCCGGCAGACCCUGGGCCGGGAGCCCAAGUCCUUCCUCUGCCGCCUCUGCUGCCAGGAGGACCCGGAGCUGGACUCGGACAAGGAUGAAACGGGGGCCUACCUGAUUGACAGGGACCCCACCUACUUUGGUCCCAUCCUGAACUACCUCCGCCACGGGAAGCUCAUUAUUACCAAGGAGCUGGCCGAAGAAGGUGUGCUGGAGGAAGCAGAGUUCUACAAUAUCGCAUCCCUCGUGCGGCUGGUCAAGGAGAGGAUCCGGGACAAUGAGAACAGAACCUCACAGGGGCCUGUGAAGCACGUGUACCGCGUGCUGCAGUGCCAGGAGGAAGAGCUCACGCAGAUGGUCUCCACCAUGUCCGACGGCUGGAAAUUCGAGCAGCUCAUCAGCAUCGGCUCCUCCUACAACUACGGCAACGAGGACCAGGCCGAGUUCCUAUGUGUGGUCUCCCGAGAGCUGAACAACUCCACCAAUGGCAUCGUCAUCGAGCCCAGUGAGAAGGCAAAGAUUCUCCAGGAGCGCGGGUCGCGGAUGUGACGUGGAGCUGGUGGAGCGCCCUCUGCAGGCGCUGCUGGGAUGCGCACCCGCACUGCACCACCGCGCGCCUGCCUGGCGGGGAAAGGCCGCGGUCCAG